AUGUUCCGGCGUCCCGACGACGACGAUGAUGAUUAUAGUGGUCGAAAGGUGGUGAAACCAAAAGCGAUUCCUGAGAAAUAUGCGAAAAAGUUGGGCGCCGAGUUUGCCACUGGAAAAACAUUUGUAACUGGAAGCGAUAAAUCUCAAAAGGAUUUCAAUGAAAGCCAACAGGUCAGAAACGAUGUCAUGGAGUCGUCUGGAGGACGAUUAGCGCCACUGACUGAGGAUGAGAAAAACAAAUUGUCAGCGAAGAUUUUGAAAGCCGAGCUCAAAGGGGAUAUGGAUCUCGUGAAGAAGCUAAAACGCAAAUUGGAAUCGGGUGUGUCUGGUGUUGAUGAUGAGCCGCCAAAAUCCAGAUCGAAAGAAGUGACAAUGAUGAGAAGGGAUAGAGAAGGCAAUAUUCUACCUGCGAGUAGCAAAAAAUCCGAUGAUAGACAUGCCGAGGGCUCCUCCCGAAUGCGUCGUGAGUACGAGAAACGACAGGAUUUGGAUUCGAUGGUUCGAGAAGAAAAAACAGGAACAGCUGGUGAUCAAUUGCGACUUUUCGAGAAACAAUUAAUUAAAAGUUCGAAAAUCCGACGUCACGACGACGAGAGUGUGGAUGAUAUCGCUGAAAUGCAGAAGGGAAGGAAGAAAACUGAUGAAAAGGACAGGAGAAAUAAGGAAAAGGAGGCAAUUAAAGAACACAAACGCAUUGAACGCUCAUUUGACGAUUGCUCCAGAUGCAUCGACAGUUCCCGGCUCGCCAAGCACAAUAUCAUCGCUGUCGGCAUUAAUACCUACUUAGCCGUUGUGGAAUGGGACGGAUUGGAUGAUGAGCAUGUGAUCAUUGUGCCAACCCAACACUGCUCUAGCUCGAUUCAACUAGACGAAAACGUUUGGGACGAGAUGAGACUUUGGAGAAAGGGACUCGUCGCACUGUGGAAGGAGCAAGAAAAGGAUUGUGUGUUCUUCGAGAUGGCUCGCCACGUGGAUUCAAAUCCGCACUUGUAUGUAGAGUGUGUGCCAUUAGAGCAGGAGAUUGGCGAUAUGGCUCCCAUUUAUUUCAAGAAAGCCAUCAACGAGUGUGAAGGCGAGUAUAUGGACAAUAAGAAGCUGAUCGAGACCAAAAAUCUUCGCCGUCAGAUUCCAAAAGGGUUCAGUUAUUUUGCUGUGGAUUUCGGAUUGUCAAACGGUUAUGCUCAUGUCAUCGAAAGUCAUGAUCACUUCCCAGCAACGUUUGCCACGGAAAUCAUCGCCGGAAUGUUGGAUCUUCCCCCGAAAAAGUGGAGAAAACGCGAAACAGACGAGAUGUCGAAACAAAAAUCACGCGCUGAGAAAUUCAAGCAGCUCUGGGAGCCGUUCGAUUGGACAAAGAGGCUCAGAAGCCAGGAGGGACCAUCCACGUCUUCUGGAUCAUCGACGUCAUCAAGAAGAGAGUGA